AGCCGAAUAUGGAGGAUGAGAGAGAGGCGAAGUGCGCGUGCCAGAAGUUGCAGAAGGAUAUCGCCGAUUUCGGCUCAAUCGACAUCAUCCGAGCAUCGAUGAAAAUUUUCGUGAACCACCAUAAAGAGCUGGUUUCUCUGUGCUUCGUUUCUCUCGUCGGGCGAAUUUACAGUGGCGAGGGCGUGACCCGGGCGGCGCCUUUUCGGUUCUUAGAGCACUUGCGAACUGAGUUUUGGACGUCCUCGAUCGUGUAUGGCGGUUUUGCCGGGCUCACGUCGCCGAUCACGCUUCUGGCUGAUCUGAGCUUCAACCACGAGUGGAGCUGGAGCUGGGUGGUUGAUGCGGUUGCAUUGAUCAGCGUCGUUUCUUCAACAUUCGCAUUGCUCGCACUUGUGAUGAUGGCUCAAUUAGCCACAGUCAUCAGUGAAAUGGCAAGCUGCUGUAUGGAGGAAGUUUCUGGGCGAGCUGCGUUGAUGAAGGCCAAGGCGGUCGUGAAGGGCAAGUGGAGGGUGGGCCUGGGCGUUUCUGUAAUAUAUUGCGGGGGAAUGCUGCUCAUGGGAUGGAACCUUUUCCACCCCGGAUUCGCUGCUGGUUUCGGGACUAGAUUGCUGUUUUCAUCGUUUCAAAUUUUGUUGAUUUCGAUCUGGAGGCAGCUGGCCUUGCUGUGUUGGUCCGUCUUCUACGUCUCGUGCAGAGCCUUUCACCACGAUUACCUUGAUUACGAGUACGCUCUCCAUCCGGACAAGGAAAGGAUUGAGAGCGGAUCAAAUGAUUUUCUGCUCUGAGUGCCUGUUUUCUGUAAGAGUAUUUCUGUUAAAUCCAGCCAUUCUUCAACCCUUUGAUCGUCCUUCCAUUUCGUUUUGUAUCUGGUUUUGCUCAUCAUCGCGCGAGAUUUCUCCACCACUUUGCAUCCUGAAGGCACAAAAUAUUUCCGCUUCUCGCAGUUUUGGCCCAUGUGGAUAACAGUUUUAGCCCAUGUGUUGAUUUUCCAAUUCUCGUUCCCAUCCGGAGGGAAGUGUAAGCAUUCUUUUGAAACAUACUCUUGCGAUAGUAGCGUCGA